UGAUAGAAACCAACUUGCUGGAAUAAUACAUGAACUUAAAAGUUCGGACAUUGUAGAAGAUGGGGAAUCAACAAGUAGCGAUGAUAAAGAUGAAAACGGUUCGGAGAAAAAAUCUGAUGAAACAGAAGAUGCAAAAAUGGACGUUGGGGAUGCAAAAAUAGAAGGAAAAGGCAUUGAAAAAAAUGUUGAAAUGAAAAUUGAAAAAGAAAAGGAUGAAAGAAUCGAAGAUGCUACAGAAAGAGCGAAAAGUGCAGAGAUGAGUGAACAAACGACAGAAACUAAAGACGUAGGAAAAGAUACUACAGGGGGGAAAAUUGAAGCAGAAGUUAUAGUACAGAAAGAAAAUAUUUCAGAGGGAAAAAAAGUGGCAGCUGAAAAUGUUGCAGAAAGAGAAAGUGAAGAUAAAAGUAAAGAAAAGAAUGAAUCUGAAAACUGUAAGGAUGAAAAAACAAUGGCCAGAGCAUCAGUGAUAGUUAUGACAUCAAAGGAAUCAGUCAAAAAUGAAAAAUCCGAUUCAAUUGAGGAAAAAGACAAUAAAGUUGAAACAAAGGAAACAACUCAAAUGGAUGAAGAGUCAACAGAAGUUCCAAAAACUAAAGAGGAUGAAGAAUUAAAUGAAGAAGAGGAAGAGAUGAGCGGUGCUGAAAAAG